GCGCUGGCGUGCGUGCGUGCCGGGUCCCGCCUCCCCCCCCCCCCUUGCCACGUCCGUGCGGCGCCUGCGGCGGAGCCGGUGCGGGCGGCAGUUGGCGCCGCGGCCUCGUGCGCGGAACACCUGUUGCAGCCAUGAUGCCUGUUGCAACUGUGAUGCCUGAUGACACACCGAUGUUUGACCCAAAUAUUCUGCAUGAACUUGACUGGAGUGAGAACACGACGACGUUUUCUCCUGCAAUUUCUCCUUUAGAACCAGGAGAUGGCCUAGUUUUGAGACCACUCUGCACAGCUGAUUUAAAUCGAGGCUUUUUUAAAGUUCUGGGUCAGCUGACUGAAACUGGAGUUGCAAGCCCAGAGCAGUUUAUCAAAACCUUUGAGCACAUGAAGAGAUCCGGAGAUUACUACGUUACUGUCGUAGAAGACACCAAUCUUGGACAGAUUGUUGCUACAGCAACGCUGGUGAUAGAACACAAGUUCACUCACUCCUGUGCAAAGAGAGGAAGGAUAGAAGAUGUCGUCGUAAGCGGGGAGUGCAGAGGAAGGCAGCUUGGUAAACUAUUAACAUCCACCCUGACAUUGCUAAGUAAGAGACUGAACUGUUACAAAAUUACACUUGAGUGUCUGCCAAAAAACGUGGAUUUCUAUAAGAAGUUUGGCUAUUCAGUAUCUGAAGAAAACUACAUGUUUCAACGGUUCUUUAAUUAAGAACUUCAUCUUUUUUUUUUUUUUUAAAGACUGUUGGUGGAGGAGCUUGUGCUACAAACAUUCUCUUCGUGAAAAAUUUAUAUAGUAUUGCUGCAAAUAUUAAUGAUCCCUAUAAAUAAUGAACAUGAAAUGUGUAAAUCCUGGAGAAAAAAUUACUGACAUUUUAGAAGGGUCCUCUGGGUUAGGAAAUAAGCGCUUAGAACUAAUUUUUACUACUGUUCAGUCUAAGUGAAGCUUUUUUGUUCUAGCUGAGUUACAAAGGACUCUUGUUAAAGGGAUGGUUUUUAACCAAAGGUAUAUAUUUUUAUCUCAAAUUUUUUCUUGCAUUGUAUUUUUCUAAAGGUUUGCGCUUCUUUUCUUGGUAGCCAAAGUACAGCUCGUGGGAUUGUUCUGCUGUCUGUACUUCACGGAAGGAUGACGUAGCUCGGGUAGGGAUGAUGCUUCUCUUAUGCAGAAUUAGUGAUACAGAAUGGGCAUUUGUUCUGUUCUUUCUGUGAAAGCUCACUGAAGUGCUGUUGAUGUUAGCGUACCUAAAGUUUUAUAGGCACUAUUUUCCAAAACUGAAUUUGUUACUAUUUGUGCGGGUAGGGGAGAAUCCUCACGGGCUAUGCUAAAGCUUGAUGUUCUGAGUCUAAAAAUGGAUGUGUACUUCUCACUGCAGGGAUCCUGCACUUUAGCUGAUAACUUUGUUUUCAGGAUAAUUACUUUUUUUGUGACAAAAAAAAAGAAUAACCCAAUGGUUUGUGACAGGGCGAAGGUAAUUGGGAGACUGGAAUGUCUGGCAGACAGAAUACACCCCAUCUUGAGCGGGGCUCUGGCUUGUACUCAAUGGGAAUGUGAUUUGGGAUUGGCAGCAGUGCAUUCAGCUUUACCAAACGCACCCGGCCAACUCGCUGUACUUGAACUCCUGAGGGUCAGGUGGGCUGCGGUUUUGCUGGUAAUGGCUUAUGCCUAUGACAGAGCAAACUGGCAGAGAAAUCUCCCAUCCUGGUCCUGAGGGAUUGUUGCUGCUUUGGAGCAUCCCUCUUGCUAUUAGAUUGGGUAAAUGAUUUUAGCACUUUUGCCAGCAAUGGCAAGCAACGUACAAAGCUCUGGUUUCAACAGUAGUGUUUUGUGCGAAGAGAGUGACAAAUCCUACAUCUAUGAAUAGGGCAUUAUAAAUACAUGAAGGUUCGUACAGAACAGCCAGUCUUGUUUGUGAACAGUUAGGCCUUACAAAAUGUUCUUUCAUUGUGGUGUGGAGAGCUACUUUAAGCUGUGGUGGGGGUUCUAUUUAAUGUUCCUGAUGGUACUCCACUCAAUAUAGUGUUUCCUUGGUGAUGUCUGUUUUAUUUAUUGAUUAUUUUUGAAAAAAAAAAAAUCUUUGUUUAAGCUGAAUAAAUGAAGACUGCCAAAUGUA